AUGUCACUCAAGGCACUCGCGUUUGAGUUUGUUCCUGUUGCUCAUAGAGGCACAAGGAUGGUUCUCCUCUCAAUGUUUCCAACGUUUGAGGCUGCACUUGCAUGGGUGCGUUACCAGAUCGAGUCUCCUAGGUAUCUAUGCAUGAAAGGUAGAAUGAACGAUGCAAAUAAUAUUCUUGAGAAGAUAGCUCGGUUGAACCAAUCAAAACUCCCUCCUGGACAGCUUGUUCCUGAUAGUACAAUGGGUCUGGAUGAAGAAUCUGAAGCAUGA